AUUCUCUAUAAAUAGUCCUUAUAGCUAUGUACCUUAACACAUCCAUCACCUCCACCCUAACUCACAAAACAAUCAAUGGCUACCUCAAUUAUGGUUACUUCCUUGGCUAUGAUAUGCUUGGUUUUGAGUGCUUCCUUAGCAAAUGGUGCCCAAUCAUGUGGCCAAGUGCAACUAACUGUAGCACCAUGCAUUGGUUACCUUAGGAGACCAGGUCCAUCUGUUCCAGCACCAUGUUGCAAUGGAGUUAGAACUGUGUUCAACUUAGCCAAAACUGUAUCUGAUCGUCAAGCUAACUGUAGGUGCCUCAAAUCCACUUCACUCAGCUUACCUGGACUCAAUCUUCCUGCCCUUGCUGACCUCCCUAGAAAGUGUGGUGUCAACGUGCCCUACAAAGUUAGUCCCACCAUUGACUGCAACAAGGUUACGUACUGAGGUUCUUGCAGGGCUUGCGCUUGAUGAAUAAGUAUUAAGUAAUACUUGGUUUGUUGUAUAAACAAGCCAGAAUAAAGGAAGUGAUUUAAUUUCUCUUGUUGUAAUUGAAUCCUUGGCCUAGGGAUAUAUAUAUACUAUGUAUUUGGAAAAUAAUUAAAAUAAAACCCACCAUGUUUGGAUUUA